UAUCUUUUUUUUUUUUUUUGAGGAAAGUAAAAUAAAAUAUCUACUCCAUGAAACACCCCUCCCAAGUCCCAACUCCAACCUUCAAUUCAAAGCCCCAUAAGUAUCACCAAGUAAUGAUUUUCCUCAAGCUUUCUCAUCACCAAUCAACCUAGUAAAUACCACCUUAAUCCCUCUUUAUUCCUUUUCUUCUUAAACAAAAAGUGGUAGGGAAAGAGACAGAGAGAGACAGAGACAGAGACAGAGGAAAAAAUGUCUGUAAUAGCAGCGAAUGCUCAAAUUCUGUGCAGGGAAUUUCACCACCGAGACCAACAGCAGAAGUAUUCAAUAAGCAGUGGGAGAUUUUUGAUUUUGCAAAGAAGUUGUUCAUCUGGGUAUUGGGUUGAUAGAAGAAACAGAGAGUGCAAGAAGAGUUUGAGAAGAGACAUUAGAGUGGAUGCGUUUUGGCCAGACUUGUCAAGACCCACAACUGUUGAGAUGGAACACAUCAACGAUUGUGAUCAUCUUGAUCAGAUUCUACUCCUAGCACAAAAGCACUCCGAACCCAUUAUCAUCGACUGGAUGGCUACUUGGUGCCGCAAAUGCAUCUACUUGAAGCCUAAGUUGGAGAAAUUGGCUGCUGAGCUUGAUACCAAGGCCAAAUUUUAUUGGGUGGAUGUCAACAAGGUACCUCAAACUCUAGUCAAGCGGGGAAACAUCUCUAAGAUGCCAACAAUUCAGCUAUGGAAAGAUGGAGAGAUGAAAGCAGAAGUAAUAGGAGGGCAUAAGGCCUGGCUUGUGGUUGAUGAAGUGAGAGAAAUGAUCCAAAAUUGCGGUGGAGGUUGGCUAUUAUGGUCAAAUCGAAACCAAAGGCAAGUUAGCUGGACCUACCAAUUUGAGCAUUGGCCACAUCCUUAAUGAUGUUAGACUACUUGGUAGUUACUACUUGGUAGUUGGUUCUUCUAUUAGGAAUAUAUUUUUCUCUUGUGGCUCCUUGAACAAACGGACCAACAGAGAAGAUAGCAUUUGAAGCAAAGAACUAGCUGGGUUUGCUAGACAAUGAUGUAUUGGAUGGAGGAGUAUCCCCCAUGUAUUAAGACUCUACUAAACAGUAAUGUACCUGCUCAUUGAAAAAAAAAAAAAAAAAA